GGCGGGCGGGCAGCGGCGAUGCCGCGGGCGGGCGGUCCCCCGGGGGGCCGGGGCACGGCGCUGCUGGCCCUGGUGCUGGCGCUGGCGGGGUCCCGGGGCGGCGGGCAGCACUACGACUACUACGGCUGGCAGCCCGAGAGCCUGCCCCACGGGCGCUUCUACGGGCGGGAGCCGCAGUGCCUCGACAUCCCGCCCGACAUGCAGCUCUGUCGCGACGUGGGCUACAAGCGCAUGCGGUUGCCCAACCUGCUGGAGCAUGAGACCAUGGCCGAGGCCAAGCAGCAGGCUGGCAGCUGGGUGCCCCUGCUCGCCAAGCAGUGCCACGCCGACACCCAGCUCUUCCUCUGCUCCCUCUUUGCCCCUGUCUGCCUCGACCGGCCCGUCUACCCCUGCCGCUCCCUCUGCGAGGUGGUGCGUGACUCCUGUGCCCCCGUCAUGGAGUCCUAUGGCUUCCCCUGGCCCGAGAUGCUGCACUGUGGCAAGUUCCCCUCCGACCACGAGCUCUGCAUCGCCAUCCAGUUUGGGAACAGCAAAGCCACCCCGCCGCCAGUGUCCAAGAUCUGCACCCAAUGCGAGAUGGAGCACAAGGCAGAUGGCAUGAUGGAGCAGAUGUGCUCCAGUGACUUCGUGGUGAAGAUGCGCAUCAAGGAGAUGACGGAAGAGAAUGGGGAGCGGAGGUUGGUGGCCGCCCAGAAGAAGAAGGUGCUGAAGCUGGGCCCCCUGAAGCGCAAGGACACCAAGAAGAUGGUGCUGCACAUGAGGAACGCAGGCACCUGCCCCUGCCCCCAGCUUGACAGCCUCAGUGGCAGCUUCCUGGUGAUGGGCCGCAAAGUGGGCAGCCGCCUGCUGCUUCUUGCCAUCUACCCCUGGCAGAAGCACAACAAGGAGAUGAAGUUUGCUGUCAAGUUUAUGUUCUCCUACCCCUGCCCCCUCUACCACCCCCUGCUCUAUGGGGCCGGGCAGCACUAGGGCUCUGCUCACUUUGCCCUGUCCCAGGACUCCUGCACUGGCCCGACGCUGCACCCCUGGUACCCCAGCUGCACCCCUGGUUGCACCCCAGGACCCCGGCUCUGCUCCCUUCAGCCCCUUGGCUGUGCCCUAGGACCCUGGUCUGCAUCCCCAGGAUUCCCAGCUGCAUUCGUGGGAGCCUUGAUCCACAGCCAGGCACCCUGCCCCCUCCUGAGAGCCCUGCUCUGCACCCUUGGGACCCCUGUUCUGCUCCCAGGACCCCUGCCCACACCCAGGGGCUUAGGCUGCACCCAGGACCCUUGCUCUGCAUGUUUGUGAGCCCUGGCCUGCACCAGAGACCCUUGGCUACUCCCAAGCCCCUGCCUGGCACCCCAGGGACCCUUGCCUGCACUUAGGAUCCCUGCUUGGCCCUCUUAGGACCCCCUUGGCUGCACCUGAAACACCUACCCUGCACCCCUGUGUCCCCUGCCUGGCUCCCUGAUGACACAUCCCAGACCCUCAGACCCCCAAAUCCCUACUCCAGCCCACCAAAGCAUCCCAUGCCCUCACCUUGAGCUCACACCCCAGCCCUGGAUUAUCCCACCUUCACAGGGACCCACCCCAGCCAAGGCAGGUCCCUCCUGCCUUGCUGUCCCCACAGACUGGCCCCCUCAAGACCAAGUGCCCGGCGCAGCACAGCCCCUGCCUCAGCUUCCCCACCCUUCCCAUCCCACAUGACUCAGUGGGGGGGGGGGGCAACUUGAAGCCCCCCAGACCAGCUCUGCUGCAUCCCUCACACCUCCCCGCCAAGACCCAGCCCAGGCACCCCUUGCUCAUCCACACCACAGUAAAUUAUUCUGCCUCGGAGAAGCCUGUGUCCGGCUCCCUGUGGUUCAUGGGAAACCGCCCCUUGGGGCUCCCUCAGGGACCCUAGAAAGGAUGGAAGGGGGCUCCCAGUCCUGCCCCCUGAACAGGGCAGCCUGGGGGAGUGGGGUCACCCUGGGAUCCGGCUCUAGCCCUGCUCCAGGUGCCAUGCCCGGAGCCUGAGGCUGGGCAGCCCGGCCAAGCCGAGGGAUGAGGUUCCCAGCAGUCACAGGCAGUGCUGGAGACUCAGGCAUGCCUGCCACUUCAGGGAGUCUGGGGGGGUGGAGAGAUGAGGAGGAUGGCAGGGAGAGGGGCAUC